GAAAUAAAUAAAAUAAUUAUUUUGACACUUAGACAGUUUCCAAUUAAAUACUUUAAACACGUUACCAACAUUGGACGCUCUCCGGUCAACAAACAUUAUCAAUGUACAAAGAAACAAUGAUCGGAGACUUAGAGAAAAUGUUGGCGGUAGGCCUGAUCUGGGGCGCCACUAACGCCGCAAUGCGCCGUGGCGCACUCCUUUGGGACCGAUAUCUCAAGUCCUCUCCAAACUCAGGCGACCCACCUCGCAAGUUCUACCAAAAGCUCCUCAAUUCCUUAUCCAAUUGGCUAACCCUCCUUUUGUUUUGGCAAUAUUCGAUCCCUUUCUUCAUCAACCUCUCCGCCUCCGCCACCUUUUUCGCUAUCUUAGGCCAGGCUCCGAUUUCGCUCGCCGUCCCCGUCACCAACGCGACCACGUUUGCUGCCACCGCCGUUUCUGCAAUCCUAUUGGGUGAGGAGACCCGGAUCGGUCAUACUCUGUUGGGACGAAAGGCCACUGAAUAUGAAGCUUUGCCAACGACAAUCAAAGGUGAUGUUUGUUAGAAAUGUUAGCUUUACACACUGUUGCACUUACAUAGUAGGCUGUGACUGUUCCAGCUGAGUUUCCAGGUACCAACUUGAUUAGCAUUUCAAUGCUUCCAAAUAAGAAUGACCUUUUCGAUUUAACAGCAGAACCUGAAAAAAAUAUGCAGCAUUAUAAUGUUAAAGGAUUAAAUAAUGUGUUUGAGUUUAAUAUUUGUGUCUUUGCAUUAGCCAAACGAGUCAUUUAAUCAAGCGCUUAUCGCAAGGUUACCUGAAGUUUGAUCCAACACAAGUUGGAGGUCUUCACCAUUGCCUGCAAAACUUGAAUGAUGAGCACCCCAGUUUAUGUACAUGCUCUUGGGAAAAUUUGCUUCAACGAAACUCUGAUCAACUACUACUGCAAUGAUGAAAAGAGCCAACAACAAAGCUUUUAAGCUAGGCAUCUUUGAUUGCAUUGAAGAAGCUCGCUCGGGUAUUUGUUAGCCAAUGCCGUUGAAAAGGGAUGCUUUUCUUCAUUGUUCUGGACGGCUUUAUAUAAAGCAAGUUCCAGCAAAUGUGCCUUACUCAGACUGAACCUUGUAUUAUAACUUUCUUUAAAAGAAAAAUAAAAUAAAACUUGAAAUAUGUUGAACUGGACUAA